AUGACCAGAGCUGGCAUGUACCGACCAUCAAUUUCUCUCAAAACUUUCUUUCUGGCUUCACCCAUUUACUCGCCGCUUCAUUGCGGCUCUCCUCUUGGGGUUUUGCUUCACUGUUUCUGUGUUGAUGUCAACCAGCGGCAUGAGAGGACUGUAAAUCAACCUUUAGAAGAACACUUCUCGUCGCUUUGCCCUUGCAGUUCUUCAUUUAAUUGAAUAAAAUGACGAUACCGGAUUCUCCCACCUGUUUCGUCAACGCUGCUGCGUCUCACUAUACUGUCUUCGUCGACACUAACCUUGACACUCACUUGGCGAUGGCCGUCUCAGACGGUGAUACUGUCUCUGAUGUCAAAGAUAAGAUAGAGAAGGAGCAUCCACUGUGUUUUCCUCAUCUCGGGACCAUAAAAAUUCAUGCAAUUAAGGUAAUGCGCAGAGGGUACUUCUAUCAUCUUUCUGACUCCAUGUAUUUGAAAAGUGCAUUUGUUGGCUACGACGACAGUUGGUUUCUUUCUAUUGAUGCUUCUAUUGUUGAUGGUCACUCAACUGACCGUAAUAUUGGUGGUGAUCUUUCAACUUAUUUUGAAAGGGCAGGUGAUACCUCCGUUGAUAGAAUCAAUGUUGCUAGAAAUAAUCAUAAUGGACAGUUACCUAACUAUGAUGCUCAAAAAUUGCAAGACAUUGUGGCUCAACAAUAUGUCAAUGUGAAAGCCCCUACCGAUAUCUAUUUUGAUUCAUGUCAUUCUAGUAAAAGAGAUUUCAUGAUUAAGAAGGCAGAAGUUACUCAUUCUGUUGAAAAUCACAGCAAACAUCAAUCAGGCAGGACAAGGAAUGGCUGUGAAGGCUUCAACGAAACAUUGGAAUCUCUGCCUACUGUGAAGGCGAAUCAUAAAAGUAAAAAGAGAAAAACCAAAUUGGUUAAUGAACACCAAGUUGUCAAUCAUACCAGUGAUGAUAAUGAUCAAAAUCCAUUGCAGCAAGUAGUUGGAUCUAGUGAAAAAUCCAGGGAAUAUGCACAUAAUGAUGUUUCUGAUCAUCAAUCGGGCAGGACAAGGAAUGGCUGUGAAGGCUUCAACGAAACAUUGGAAUCUCUGCCUACUGUGAAGGCGAAUCAUAAAAGUAAAAAGAGAAAAACCAAAUUGGUUAAUGAACACCAAGUUGUCAAUCAUACCAGUGAUGAUAAUGAUCAAAGUCCAUUGCAGCAAGUAGUUGGAUCUAGUGAAAAAUCCAGGGAAUAUGCACAUAAUGAUGUUUCUGAUCAUCCAAUGAUGGAAAGCAGAUCCAAUGUAGAUGAACCUGGUCAGAUUUCAUCUUCUAAUACACGUGAUGAAUCUGAACAUGGAAGGAAGCUAAAGCAUAAUUUACCUGAGGAAGCUGAAGUUGAUGGCAAAAAUGAUAAAUCCAACUAUCUGACUGACAAUACUUCUUUCGAAGUUGCUGCGCAGGCUGGGUCCAUUGCAGAAAAAAUGCACAAGACUGAAUUGACAAGUGGAGUAACGAAUGGGGUGGAAGGAAACAGGGAUUUGGUUUCUGAAUCUAGUAAAGUGACAUCUACACGUAAGGUUACUUCCGAGUACUUUUCAGAUAAGAAACAAAGUGCACAAGUUUUCGUAGGUAGUUCGUCUACUGAACCUGAUGCUCACCUGCUCAAGACUGGUUCAAGUGGUGUAAAGAAGAGGAAAAAGAAAAGGAAAUCUAAGUUGUCAGGUUGUCCAAAUCAGGAUGUUGGUUUGAUUUCAUCCAGAGUAGGGGAUAAACAGGAUGCAAGUCGAGAAUCUGAUAUAACAACUGUUCCCAGUCAAGAUAUUGAGGAGGCAUUAAUUCCCAACCUCCUCGAAGCAUCUGCAAGGGAAAGGCAGUAUGAUUCUAUCGACAAAACUGCAGAAAAGUUUGCACCGUCCCUUGUUGGAGAGUCUGAUGGUGAUAAGAACAACAUUGAACUUGCCGAUGUGCAAAGCAUAAUGGAUGCGUCUGAUAAAGCUGUGUUAGGAGGAAUGGUAGAUUCAAAGGAUCUUGCCUCUAAAAGCAAGGACCUUGCUGAACUCCAGAGAAGUGUUGGUACAAUUGAGGAUGCCAACAAUGUUCAAAGGAAUCAUCUGACGUGCAAAACUGGCAAAAUUGUUGCAAUUGGGGAGGAAAGAGAUUCCCUACAGAUCGCUGAUACCAAGGCCUCAAUGGUAGAGAACUGCCACUCAUCAAGCUGGGAUGGUACUGACGCUAAAAUUAAAGCUACUGAUAUUUCUGAAUUAGUACAUUUAAAGGGAACUACUGAAAACGCCAAGCAUUGUAAGAAAAAGAAGAUUAAAAAAUCUAGGGAUUCAACAGAAGAAAGACAGAUUAAUUUAAUCACAGCAGGUGCUAGAGAUUCUGCACUAGACAUUCUUCCAACUGAGACGCAAAGUUUUACUUUAGGUGAUAAUUCCUGUAGUAAAGCCGAGAUUGGAGAAAGGAAUGUUUCUCUAAUGAAAGGAGAAAACGAAACUAAUACUUCUAUAUUGCCUGAUGUUAGGAACAUAGAUAUAGAUAAACCCAAUAUAAGUAAGGAGGAACCUUUGCUGCAAAUCAACAAAACUCAAGCAGUAGCAAAAGACAUGGAUGGACAGGUGAGGAAGAAAAUUAAGAAGAGACCUGUGGCUUCACUGAACAAUACACCAGGCCUCCAAGCAGAAAGUAUCAGUAAGGAGGAUUCAUUCCUUUCAAAGAGAAGUGACAGUGAAGUAAAGCCUGUGUCUAUAGCGGCAAAGAAAACUAAAUUUCCAAAAGAGAAUUUGAGGAAUGAGAUUGAUGAAGAAAAUUUGGACUCUACGCUGUUUUCUGAGGUUGAAACUAGUCCAAGCAUUUGCAAGAAGUCUAAGACAGUUGCUUCCUUCCUAACUCCAUCUGAAGGCUGUGAAGAGAGGUCUAUUGAAGCAAAUAGAUGCAGUAACACCACUAAAGAUGGUACUACUGAUAAGGUUGAUGAUGUUGCAGUUCCUUCUAAAAGCAAUAAAGUUGGCAUGGAGGAAAAUGCUGACGGAUUCCAACAUGAAUCUGAUAAAUUGCAUGUUGACAAAUUGAGUAGAGAGAAAAGUGUGAAUACUUUGCUCAAAGCUAAAAGAAAAAGGAAGGAUCCAAGUGCAUGCUCUUCUGCGGCCUCCUUAAGUAUGCAGAAUGUACAGAAGUCAGAUGAAAACACGGAGAUUGAAGGACAUUGUCAAACUAGCAACUGUAGCGCUCUCAAACUUCAUGGAUCUUUAUCAAAGGAUAAAUGUGAUGCAAUGCUUCAUGUUGACAAUAAGCUAAAGAAAAUUUCAAGAGGUGGGGUAAAAUCCCUAUCUUCUAAUGAGCAUAAACAGCAAACUUCUGACUCUAAUAAAGCAGCUAGGGUGAGGGAAAACCUUGUUGAUUCUUCUCGGGACAGCACUGAGAUAUACAGUGAAUCUUCUUUACCAAAAACAAAACCAAAGUCAAAAAGGUCAUCAAGUAUGGUUCACCAUGAUCAAAAGCACAAGGGGCGCCAAUCUACUGGUAUUGACCAUCCUGAGGAUGGACGAAAAUCUUCUGGGACCGGAAAGAAAGAUGUUACUCAAUCUCAACAAAGGAACAUGUUGCUUACAUCAGGAGGCAUAUUUAAGGAUGCUAGCAGCAGUGAUGGUUCUGAGGAUGAAGCUGGAAUUGUUCAUUCAGAUGCUAGUACCAGAUCUCCAGAUAAUUCACUAAUAUCCGACUUCUCAGAUGGUGAAAGCAAUGGAUCUGUUGACUUGGAAAGAACAAACAUUCGUAGCAGAAGUGUGAGAAAGAAAGAUCCUUCAAGCCCUGAGAAUAUGACCCUUGACACAAUCCUUCGAAGUUCAAGUAGAUAUAAGAAGGCAAAGCUCACAGCUUCACAAUUACAACAAGAUGAUACUGAAAGCCAGCCUGUCGAUUUUGUUCCAGACAGUCAGACUAAUGCUUAGUUCGUUAUUGUCAUGUACCUCCUCCAGGACCAGUACUCCACAUUGCAUCGCCAAACGUUCUUGUGCUUGUCUAAGUUUGUUAAUGGAGAUUGUCACGAUAUCAGAUAAUUUUUGAAGGAAAUGAAAUCCUUGGGUCCCUUUGGAUGCUUGCAUGAUGUUUCCAUGCUGGUCUUUUCUGUAGUAAGCAAAAAUCUUAUUUUGAAGUAAAGGAUCAGUUGAACUAUA